AUGGACGCCUCAACCCCCAAGGCGAUUCUCACAUCCGACAAUUUCCAUCAUGCACUAGAUCUUUCACGGGCUACCUCACCCGGUGGUGAGCCCGCCGCCGUGAAUUGCGAAGGCAAGCCCAUAGCCCGCGUGCGACCCCGAACCUACCCAUACUUCAAAUACCUCCCCUACGAGCUGGAAAAUGAGACCGAAAGAGAUCAAAAUCUGCGAGAGAUCUUAGAUCAGCUUUACAUUGCCGUCGAGGCUGGCGACUUCAGCCCCGGAGCAGUGCACUGGACACGCGAGCUUCGCGGCUGGCUGUCGCUGAAGUUUGAUCCAACCCGCAAGGAGCGCAUCAACCUGGUGAAAUUGUACUAUGAGCUCGCUCUGGCUCCUGGUAUUGACCCCACGGUCGCCGAGCGAUUCGCGAGCAUGUUCAUGUUCCUCACCAAGCGCAAGCACUAUCUAAGACCGGUGAAGGACUUGGUGUUAGACUGGAAGCCCCUUUACAAAGAGCUCAAGGCUUUCGUCCUGCCCACCGAAUCGGGCCUCGUUCACUCGACCAAUUUGAAGCGCAAUGUCAAGACAUUGACCAAGCUAUGCGCCUUCGCCCAAUUGUUCAUCGAUCCUUCUGAGCUUCCCGCUAUGCUUGAGGAGUUCUUGCCGCAUUAUACCACGUCUUUCUCUGAAGGCGCUUUUGUUGUAGCAGGGCUCAUUAAUUUGCUGCUUCCGACAUCGCCGCCUCCCGGAUCACGACCGGACCUCCUACCGCAGACACAUUUGCCUACACAUUUCCAUCUAUGGUCGUUGGUUGGUCGCUCGAAGACGUUUGAUACGACCUAUUUGGAUUACCUUUCCCGGUUGGCCAGAGAUUCUUUGCCGGCCGCUAAUAUUCCAUUCUCUGAGCAUGGUAUCUUCACAAAGGAGCAGUCUGCUCUUAUUUUCACGGCGAUCCUGAGGCUGUUGGAGAUCCCUGUUGGUCAGUCAACUUCUCCAUACAGUGCCCUGGUAGAUAUUUCAUCCGGCCUGGGUAUAAUGCUAGAUAGAGAUUCGCGGAAGCAUCCAGUCGCCCACCACAUUGCUCGAUGGAUUGUGAUGUCGCUUUCCCCUGCUUGCGUGGAUUCGGAAGACUCUAUCCUUUCACAGUUGGAGGGACUCAUCCAAGCUGUUGAGACCUUCUUCCAUCCUUCGAACUCUGGUGGUUGGACGAAGACUCUAUCGCAGCUAGUGUAUUACUUGACUGACUUCUUCGUGAUGCGUUGGAACCGCGAACAGAGUGAGGAAAUGGACAUCCCAGCAGAGCGCCGUCUGACUGAGCCCCUCAAGCGUCGUUUCGUGCUUUGCAUCCGGGAUGUGAUCUUCAUGGGUAUUUAUGCCAAAAGUGGAACUGCGAUGACCUUCUCUCUUUCGACUCUGCAGGGUCUGGCCUACCUGGAACCGCAUUUAAUUCUUCCUGGAGCUUUGCAGAGAAUUUACCCUGCGCUGCAAGGGCUGGUUGAGGUUCACCGAACCACUUCUUCUCUUCGUGCUAUGCAGGUGCUUUCUCGUAUUAUUACUCGCACCAAGGGCUAUCGUUGCCAUAUGACUACGUUGCUCGGACUUGCGCUUCCUGGUAUUGAUGCCAAUGAUCUCGAGAAGUCACUUCAUGCUUUGUCCUUCAUCCAAUCAGCAUGUUAUAACAUCCCCAUGGUGGACUUGACCCAAGGACGCGAGGAUGUCAACUGCAAUAUGCUUGCCAUGCAAUGGAUCUCUGGCGAGAUGGAGAGAAUGGAAGAGCAAGGAGCAGACAUCAAGCUAGAUUACGAUACAGAGCUGGAUGAUGAGACCGAAGAAAUGAUUCUGCGAUCUUCAACAUGCGGUUUCGGCGACUUCACGAUAUCUUUUUUGGGUCGUGUAUUCACCCUAUUGGAGAACCUGCCCGAUGUCUCCAGGGUACGGAACGGUUCCCCCGAAGAGAACAUUGUGAACACUCUCCCUGCUACCUUCAUGCCUUUGCUUGCCUCACUGUCUCCCGAGUAUUACGAUAUCGCUCUCAGCAAGAUUGUCGAUUUCGUCUCGAACCAUGUCAUCCACCAGGCCCGUGAUGCAAUGGCCUUCAUUUGCAAUGCUCUUUGCAAGGUCAAUCCCGAGAAGGCUCUCAAGCGUUUCAUCCCGGUGUUGACUCAAGCAAUUCGCACUGAGAUUGAGGACAAUGGUGCUGGAUCGACCAGAACCACUGGUACAGAUGUCUUGCCUCGUGACCGUGGUUUAGUCUGGAAUGUCAGUAUGCUCAGCAUGUGUGUGGUACACGUCGGAAGCGCUGUGAUUGGCCACCGCCAAGAGCUUUUCGAUAUUGCAGUCUACAUGCAGCAGAAGUGCCGCGGUAUUCCUACGGUCCACAUCUCCAACUUCAUCCACCACCUCUUGCUCAACUUGACUGGAACUUAUACCAAUGAUUUCUCUCUCUACGAGCCUUCAGUUGCCGCGGAAGGUAUCGAGCCUAAGCUUUGGAGCUACAAGCCCGAUAUCCACAACCUCAACAUCAAGUGGCAUGUGCCGAAGCACGAAGAGAUCGAGUUUGCUGUGGACGUCUUCAAAAGCCAGGCGGAGUCUGCCUUGAAGCACUUGUCCUCGCUGACACACGAGACAUCAAGUGUCAAACGUGACGGAAGUGGUAAAGAUUGGUCAGAUGAUGUUACUCGAAACCUUGUGCUUCUGCGACUCGUCCUGUCUGGAAUCUCUGUCCUCUUCGAUCCUAAGGCCGCGUCUACUACAACACAACAAGCCACAAGUGCUACCUCCGGGGAUGUUGAGAUGGCAGAUGCAGCUUCAAAUGGCGUCGAGGAAGACGCUGAUGCCACUUUGGACAACUCUGACGACGCAACCAUCAGACAGGCAUUCGCUUACCCAACUGGGUAUUCCCUCAAAGAGGGCGACCCCUUGUACACCACCAUUCACGAAAUUCGUGAGCGAACUGGCUGGGUCUUGCAUGAGGUACAUCGGUUCUUGAGUGAUAAGCAGGAGGAUGAUGUUCCUUGCUUCGGUGCUCUUUACUCCGCUUACCGGUCAUGGUUUGUCGAUGUGGGCAUUGAGAGGUCCGCCCACGUUCUCGACCGCGUCACUCGGCUUCUAGCCGCAGAUAUUCAUCCUUACAAGAUGAGUGGUAUCCGCAAGGACUACCCCAGACCCCUUCUUAUCCGCAGAGCCAACGUCUACCAUCUUCAACGUCUGCGUCACAAUGCGUCUCCUCGUCCUAGAUCUAAGCUUGAUGAGGUUCUCCUUCUCGAUCUGGCUGAAUCUUGCGUCUCUCUGUACACAGAGACCCGCCGCAACGCUCAGAACGCAGGAGAAUCUGCACUCAAGGCCGUCUACGGCGGUAGACUGCUCGUGAUCCCACCUCUGCUGAAGGCACUGCAGAAGGGUGUGAAGGAGAAUGACCAUGCCCGCAUCAAGGGUGCUCUCUUCUCCUUGCUCCUGAGUAGCGUCGCCAAAAUUGUCGGGCGCCAUUGGAAGUAUGCGCCAACAUUGAUCAAGACAUUCAUCGACGCUAGCGCCGUUGAUAAGCCUUCCGUGCAGAAGAUCUGCUCCACCGCCGUAUUCCAGGUCAUGGACUACGGUCGUGCUAUGGAGCGAAUGGCUAUCCUAGACCAAGGCAUUGUGGAAGCAAUUGCCCCCUCUGGAGAUUUCGGCGACCAGAUCGAGAAGAAGCGUGUGGUUAUUAAUAAGAAGCGUGCUGCCAUCGAAAAGAAAAAGGCCGACUUGGCCGAAGAGCUGGUGAACCUGGCUCGGGUAUCGCACUGGAAGAUUGCCAGUCGUGCCGCCACCAUCGUUAUCACCAUGGGUCUCCGCUUCGACUAUAUUGCCAGCGACAACCUCAUCGAACUGAUGACACUUGGUUCUAUUGACGAUCACCCUGGCUUGCGAGGCAUGUACUCCCAGGCUCUCAUUGCGCUGUUCACAAUGAUUGAUGUUCGUGCCAUCUGCACUCACGAGUACAAGAACUACAUCCUUGGCCACCAACGUUUCCCGUCCAAGAUCAAGGUGGCAACAAAGCCCUACGAGGAAGGAUAUACUGAAGAGUACUUAUCUAGCUUCGCAAAGCCCGAGGCCGAGUAUUAUGUUGAUCACGACUUCCCUGGUUGGCUCGUGUGGGGCAAGUCUAUGCCUGCUUACAAGUCCAAUGUGGCACGAGAUAUAGAGUACGAUGAGGUCGAGUGGAACAUCCGCACAAAGAUGGGCAAGCUGUUUACUCGCGAGUGGUUCUCUAAGUUCUUCAUGUACCUGAAGCAGGAGCCGCGAGACCCAUCUGCUGAUAAGUUCCGCAUGUCUGCUGCGAUGAUGCUUCUCUACGCAUUUGAACUUAUGAUCCGGGAUGAGCUUACAGCAGUUACAUUCGAGGAAAUCCAGGAAGAGAUCAAGGUCGUCUUCGAAGACGGAAGUGACAAGCACCAGCACCGUGCUACUGCUGAAAUCCUUGGCGCUCUGAUCUCCUCCGUAACGGAUACCAGCGUGGACAAGCGGACAAAGGUCUGGGAAUAUGCUUUCCCUAUCGUGAGGAAGAUCUUCACCGAUGGUCUCACCCCUGAGAACUCUGGUUACUGGACAACCUUCCUCCACAUGAUCCUGCAAUGUCGUGAUCCUCGUCGAGCCUGGCCUUUGGUUGACUGGCUCUCUGGUUUCCGUCUGGACAUGUCCACCAAUGCUGCCUUCAAGGAGAGUUCCAAGAUUAACCUUUUGCAUCAGUGCAUCAUCGAUGCUGGUUGGCACUUCCAGCUGGAGAAACCAAUUGUGGAAGACUUCCUUGCUCAUCUCGAUCAUCCUUACAAGGGCGUCCGUGAAGCCAUGGGACAGACGCUUGCAACUAUAUACCGUACGAGGUACCACGAGUCAUACCCCGAUCUCAAGCAUCUGCUCGAGGCACAAAAGUCGUCCUCGUCUGUUGGCACAUACCCCUACCUGCCCACCGACGAGUUCUCGAAGAUGGUCCGUGGAGUCUUCACGCAGAUUGAAGAAUGGCGCAAAGCCAGAACCCCUGGCCAGCAGACACCAUCAUCCUACACCUCUGGUAGUAAGACUGUCCUCCUUUGGCUGGAUUCGACUCUGUCUUCUCACGAGUGCACCCAACUCGUCCCAUUCUUCCCUGAUGUGUUCACCGCGCAACUCCUGCACAUGAUGGACGUAAAGGAAGACCCAGAGCUCCAAUCCCUCGCAUACCACGUCUUCCGACACCUCCCCAACAUCCCAUACCCAGCCGAGAAAGGCUCCGAAUUCAUCCAAUCUCUCAUCCGCAUAGGACAAACAUCCCCCUCAUGGCACCAGCGUCUCCGCGUCAUGAUCAACAUCCAGAUCAUCUACUUCCGCCGUCUGUUCCUUCUCGAUCCCGCCGACCGCGACAAACUCUUCGAAUGCAUCGCCUCCAUGCUCGAAGACCCGCAGCACGAAGUCCGGGCCGGUGCCUCGGCUACCUUGUCCGGCAUGGUUCGCUGCUCUCCAAUCUUCCUGCGAGAGAAGAUGGUCAAGCGCUUCCAUGAUCGCUUCACAAAGGUCCUAGUCGAGAACCCUCUUCCCAAAAAACCAAAGAACUUCCGCUCUGGAAUCUCCUCCGCCGUCUCCUCAGGCGCCGGCACUCCAACCCCAGAACACAACCGACUCAUUAUUGUUCGCCACGGUGCCGUCCUCGGUCUUGGAGCUUUGAUCCAGGCUUUCCCAUACAACAGUCCUCCUCCUCACUGGAUGCCCGAGGCUUUGACGUCGCUCAGUAUUCGUGCCGCCAAUGAUCCCGGCAUCGUCGGAUCAAGUGUCAAGUCCAUUAUCAGUGAGUUCAAGAAGACUCGUCAAGAUACUUGGCAUAUCGACGCAAAGGCCUUCACUUCGGAUCAACUCGAGGAUCUAUCGGGUGUUCUAUGGAAGAGCUACUUUGCUUAG